AUGUCUGAAUUUGAAGGUUAUGGUAAGAUAGGUGAAAGCAGUAGUAAUUGGGUAUUAGAAAAGUCUGACAAUACAAUAUUCAAACGAACAUUAUGGUGUGUAACAGAGAAAGUACAUGGAGCCAAUUUUUGUUUUCUAUGUGAUAAUAAUGGCCAACGUGUUCGAUGUGGAAAACGAACAAGUCUAUUGUCGGAUACAGAUGAUUUUUUUGGUUAUAAACGUCGUUUAUUGAAUGAAAUUAUUCCAAAAAUUCAACAGUUGUACAUGUUCGUCAAAAAUAAAUUCACUAAUUUAGAUAAAUUAUAUGUAUUUGGUGAAUUAUUUGGUGGUUCUUAUCCACAUUCCGAUGUAACAAAAGUACCCAAUGUGAAUGCAAUUCAAACGGGCAUUUGGUAUUGCCCUGAUGUUGAAUUUUAUGCAUUCGAUUUAGCGAUUACUAUUGAUAAUGAAAAACAAACUUAUCUUGAUUAUGAAUUCGCAAUACUUGCUUUUCAACAUGUGAAUUUAUUUUAUGCCGAACCAUUAUUCAUUGGUAAAUAUGAAGAAGCUCUUGAUUUUAAACUCGGUUUCAAUUCUGUUAUACCCACCAGACUUGGUCUACCACCACUUAAUGAAGAAAAUAAGGCUGAAGGUAUAGUCAUUAAACCGAUGCAUGAAAUUAUGAUUAAAACAAAUAAAGGUUCUGUCACACGUGCUAUUGUAAAAAAAAAGAUUGACGAAUUUUCUGAAGAUAAAUAUAGUCAAGCGCAAAAACACGAGUUUAAAAGCGAUGACGGAUUUUCAAAUGUUGACCUAUUAAGAUUUGAAAUUGAUGCGUUAAUUACUGAUAAUCGUUUGAAUAACGCACUUAGUAAAAUUGGACACGUCACCAGAAAUGAUAAAGAAAAAUUAAAGGAAUUAUUAAAUCUUUAUAUAAAAGAUGUUAUCGAUCAAUUAAUGGAAAAUGGAAAUGAAGAGAUGUGGAAUAAUCUAUCGUCAAAUGAUCGAAAUUUAUUGGCAGAAGAAUUAAAUUUCAAUGCGAAACAAGUUAUUUUAAACUAUUUAAAAUUAAAUAAAUGUUAA